AAAGCUAUGAUCCGAGAGGGGAUAUAGAAUCAGGUGAAGUGUUGUGCGCAGGUGCAAUGGUAUAUGGAGCACUGACCCUGUAUCCGAAUGCUUGAGAGCUUUUGUGGUGCAGCGGGAAAGUCGUCCCCAGCCCAACAGGUGUAUGAGUCAAUCCGAAGUUCGAGUCUCGAUGGGGACAGUGAAAUAUCGAAUGCUGCUGUCGCGAAGGCUCGGGGUCACAGGCAUGGGUCGACGAUAGAUCUCCAUGUAGACCUCAGGAAGCUAGGCGCAGUGUUGAUAGACGCAAAAGCUAUGAUCCGAGAGGGGAUAUAGAAUCAGGUGAAGUGUUGUGCGCAGGUGCAUCUUGAGUUUACUAGUCCUCUGCUAGACUAAAGGCAGCGCAGCCGCUCUACUUAUGUCCUCAACCUGCCAGCGUGUCAGCUUGGGCCCCUGAUCGUCGCAUCAUCAAUGAGCUCCUGAA